AUGGCUUCACCGCUGGCGAUGAAUUCGUUGAUAGAAAUGUCAUCGUUACCGUCUGCGAUACUUUAUACCCCACUGCUGGGCUUUAUCUGCCCUGUUUCAGGCCCCAAAGUCGGGGUGGCAGAGCACUUGACGGGGCUGAAUCAGCACAUAGCUUCGAAGCUAGAGUCUCGAGACAUUCCCAGACCACCUCUGCGUACCGAACGGGUUAACAUCAGCCAUACUUAUUUCGACCACAAACUAACACUUUAUUCUUUUGAACAUCCAGAAAAGAGCAAGCUGAAAGCUGCGUGA